UUUGUAUACUUGAUUGUCAAGAUGAAAGCCCGUAUUAGACUUCUUGUGUUUUGUUGCUGUGUGAUUAUAACCCUUUUCGGAGUAAUUGGAAACAGCGAGGCAACCAAAGCGAAGCCUCAACGAUGUUAUGGCUCAAACGAAUGUUGGUUUAACCACUGUUGUGUCAAUAAAAAUAUUAGAGGACGCAAAAGAAGAUCUCUCAGUUUUGCUGGAGUUUGUCAACCAUAUGGUCAAUAUGAUGCAGAAUGUGCAGUGAAAAAUCAAAAUUCUAAUGACAACGUGUUUCCUGGUUGGUGUCCAUGUUCUAACCCGUUUAUAUGUAAUGGAACAGGGAAUAUUGAAAACCCGUUUGGUGAAAAAGGUGAGAAAUUUUGUAACUUUUGA